UGGGGACCCCCAAUGGGAUUUGGGGUCACUUAUGGGGUUUGGGGACCCCCAAUGGGAUUUGGGGUCUCCUAUGGGGUUUGGGGACCCCCAAUGGGGUUUGGGGUCUCCUAUGGGGUUUGGGGGCCUCCAAUGGGGUUUGGGGUCACUUAUGGGGUUUGGGGACCCCCAAUGGGAUUUGGGGUCUCCUAUGGGGUUUGGGGACCCCCAAUGGGAUUUGGGGUCUCCUAUGGGGUUUUGGGGACCCCCAAUGGGAUUUGGGGUCACCUAUGGGGUUGGGGGACCCUCAAUGGGAUUUGGGGUCACUUAUGGGGUUUGGGGGACCCCCAAUGGGAUUUGGGGUCUCCUAUGGGGUUUGGGGACCCCCAAUGGGGUUUGGGGUCUCCUAUGGGGUUUGGGGUCACCUAUGGGGUUUGGGGUACUCCAAUGGGGUUUGGGGACCCCCCAAUGGAUUUGGGGUCACUUAUGGGGCUGGGGGACCCCCAAUGGGAUUUGGGGUCACCUAUGGGGUUUGGGGGCCUCCUAUGGGAUUUGGGGUCACUUAUGUGGUUUCGGGGUCCUCCAAUGGGGUUUGGGGACCCCUAAUGGGGAUUUGGGGUCACUUAUGGGGUUUGUGGACCCCCAAUGGGGUUGGGCAGCCCCUAUGGGGGGGCAAUAGGGUUUUGGGGGGGGCCCCAUCCCGGAUCCCCAACCCAAUCCACCCUAAAAGGGGCGGGAUGGGGGCAGCAAUGGGAUUUGGGGUCACUUAUGGGGCUGGGGGACCCCCAAUGGGGUUUGGGGUCACCUAUGGGGUUUUGGGGACCCCCAAUGGGGUUUGGGGUCACCUAUGGGGCUGGGGGUCACCUAUGGGGUUUGGGGUCACCUAUGGGGUUUUGGGGACCCCCAAUGGGGGUUGGGGUCACUUAUGGGGUUUGGGGUCACCUAAUGGGAUUUAGGAACCCCCAAUGGGAUUUGGGGUCUCCUAUGGGGUUUGAGGAGCCCCAAUGGGGUUUGGGGUCAUCUAUGGGGUUGGGGGACCCCAAAUGGGGUUGAGGGACCCCCAAUGGGAUUUGGGGUCACUUAUGGGGCUGGGGGACCCCCAAUGGGAUUUGGGGUCACCUAUGGGGUUUGGGUUCUCCUAUGGGGUUUGGUGUCCUUUAAUGGGAUUUGGGGUCACCUAUGGGGUUUUGGGGUCCUUCAAUGGGAUUUGGGGUCACUUAUGGGGCUGGGGGACCCCCAUAGGAUUUGAGGACCCCCAAUGGGAUUUGGGGUCACCUAUGGGGUUUUGGGGUCACCUAUGGGGUUUUGGGGUCACCUAUGGGGUUUUGGGGACCCCCAAUGGGUUUUUGGGGUCACUUAUGGGGCUUUGGGGACCCCCAAUGGGAUUUGGGGUCACCUAUGGGGUUGGGGGGACCCACAAUGGGGUUUGGGGUCACCUAUGGGAUUUGGGGUCACCUAUGGGAUUUGGGGACCCAUAAUGGGAUUUAGGAACCCCCAAUGGGGUUUGGGGUCACCUAUGGGGUUUGGGGGACCCCCAAAGGGAUUUGGGGUCACCUAUGGGGUUUGGGGCCCCUUAAUGGGAUUUGGGGUCACCUAUGGGGUUUGGGGACCCUCAAUGGGGUUUGGGGUCACUUAUGGGGUUUGGGGACCCCUAAUGGGGUUUGGGGACCCCCAAUGGGAUUUGGGGUCCUCCAAUGGGAUUUGGGGUCCUCCAAUGGGAUUUGGGGUCACCUAUGGGGUUUUGGGGUCUCCUAUGGGGUUUUGGGGUCACUUAUGGGGUUUGGGGACCCCCAAUGGGAUUUGGGGUCACUUAUGGGGUUGGGGGACCCCCAAUGGGAUUUGGGGUCACCUAUGGGGUUUUGGGGUCCUCCAAUGGGGUUUGGGGGUCACUUAUGGGGUUUUGGGGUCACUUAUGGGGCUGGGGGACCCCCAAUGGGAUUUGGGGUCACCUAUGGGGUUUGGGGACCCCCAAUGGGGUUUGGGGUCACUUAUGGGGCUGGGGGACCCCAAUGGGAUUUGGGGUCACUUAUGGGGUUUGGGGGACCCCCAUUGGGAUUUGGGGUCACCUAUGGGGUUUGGGGUCACUUAUGGGGUUUUGGGGACCCCCAAUGGGAUUUGGGGUCACUUAUGGGGCUGGGGGCCCCCCAAUGAGACUUGGGGACUCCCUUUGGGAUUUGGGGACCCCCCCCAUAGGAUUUGGGGACCCCCAAUGGGGUUUGGGGUCCCUUAUGGGAUUUGGGGUCAUUUAUGGGGUUGGGGGACCCUUAAUGGGAUUUGGGGUCACUUAUGGGGUUUUGGGGUCACCUAUGGGGUUUGGGGACCCCCAUUGGGAUUUGGGGACCCCCAAUGGGGUUUGGGGUCACUUAUGGGGUUUGGAGACCCCCCAUACUUUUUGGGGACCCCCAUUGGGAUUUGGGGACCCCAAUGGGAUUUGGGGUAA